AUGUCAGAUGCCUUAAGGGAACAUGGAGCGACAACAAACAUCUGCCUCGUAGCUGUGAAGUGCCGGUCGUUGUCAUUGCGAACUCUGUCAAGUCAACUCCAACAAGCUCACACACCUACGGAGAUCGAUGAGGACUAUCAAAAGAACGGCUUUUAUGGUGAAUUUAACGCGUUGAUAUCCAAGGUAUCCACCCAGCAGGCGGUUAUAGUCGGAAUUGAUGCGAAUGCAAAGAUGGAACUCAAGCAACAAUCUAAUGUGCUUGGGAAAUGGUAUUAUACCGUGGAGCAAACAUCAGUUAACGAAAAUAGUCUUGAGGACCUUUGUGGGCAGAUGCGGCAAGGAACGACCUCAUUACCAUCAGAUGAGCGGCACAAGUCGAAGAUGUCGACUCUUAAGCUUCAGUUUGAUCGCGGUUUGUCGUUGGAAUAUCUCCCUGUGUCGGACACACGCAAAUCUAAAGCUGCCGGGACGUCGUAUUCGAUUUCGAUCACCGCCCACUUCUCCUCAGCUUAA